AUGAGUAACCAAGUUUUAUAUGAAAGAUUAGGACAAUCAACUGAACUGAUUUCAACUAAAUUAAUUGAAUUGAUUAAAUAUUCCUCGGUCGAUGAAACACUAGAAGAAAAUGAGGAUAAAUUUCAAGAGAACUCAAAAAUUACAUCGGCUACAACAAGUAUCCUUAUGGUUAAUAAUCAAACAACUCAGUUAAUCAAAGGUAUUCAAGAUUUAUUGGUGCUAAGUAGAACGAUAAGAGAAAAAUGGUUAUUAAACCAGAUUCCUGAAGAAACAACAGAACAAGAAGGAAUUGACAAGCAAGAGCUGGAUAACUUGAAAGAAUUAUUGAAAAAAACUAUGAACGAAAUUGUAGGACAAGAAUAA